AUGAUUCCCGCGAUGUUACUCAGCGAACUGACUUGGCAAAGCAUUGCUCUGGCCAUUGGAGUAAUCUUCUUGGUAACAAAUUUGAAGGGUAUUCCAGGAUUUUGGCAUUUACGACUAAUUUAUUGUCUACAACAACAUAUUAUCUUCAAUCGAAAUCGACGGGUGGAUAUUGUCACCCAUGGCGCCCAAAGCCUUUUCUAUCCUGUCGUAACGACCUCGCGGAAUUGGUUGAUUGAGUGCGAUUAUAACAUGCACAAGUCAAAUGCUACCUAUUUCACGGAUCUUGAUAUCAACCGCGUACAUCUGAUUGCCUCGCUGUUCAAAGAUCAGAUGGCUUUGGGAUUUUCCGGAGGUGACUUGAAUAUCGCGCUGGGUUCGACUGCUUGCGUCUUCCGCCGAGAGAUCAAGCCAUAUGAAGCCUAUGAAAUACAUACUCGAGUACUAUGCUGGGAUGAAAAGUGGCUGUAUCUUGUCAGCCACUUCUUGAAGACAAAGAAAGGAUCACCGAUUGCUAAGGGCUCGGCAUCAUCAGAGGCUAUCAAUAAAUCUAUUGCUGCUUCUGCAAUUACAAGAUAUGUUUUUAAACGUGGAAGAGUCACAGUCUCACCGGAGACAGUACUCUCCGCCGCAAAACUUCUUCCUCCUCGUGAGACGCCGACAGAGAGUAUUGAAGGCUCGCCCACAUCAACGUGGACUUGGGACCUCAUUGAGGCAGAGCGACAGCGUGGACUCCAAAUUGCAAAGUCCUUUCUUGCAUUAGAUGCUCUCCACGGGACACUUAACAGUAACGAUGGGUUUGGAUUGGGUUUGUUUUAG